AUGGGCUGGCUAUGGGGGAGCGGCAAUGGCUCUUCCGAUAAUCUCGACUCUUCACUGCAGGACUUCUUGAAGAAAGAAGCUCCAACGGGCCCAAAACCUUCUCUUCCCUCUGCGCCCACACCAAAACCCGCCGAACCCGCACAGCAAACCGAAACCGAGAAGCCAUCCGUGCCGCCACAAUCGCAAUUCCAAGACGGCCGCUAUGCGCAUUUGUGGAAGAACUAUACGCCGCAAAAUGUCCUUGACGAUCGCGGCAAGAAUGAGCAGGAUAAACUGCGCGAUUUGGUAGAGGCAUAUAAUGACCGAAAGGCCGGCAUUGGGCGAAUAGCCAUGGAGAACUGCGCCGUCGAGUACAUGGAGCAGUAUGACUGCUGGAUGAACCCAAAGACAUGGAUAUCACUGCGCACACUUUGCCACGCCGAGUCGAAGAGAUUCAACCGAUGCUACGACACUCAGUCCAAGUUCCUGAAGGCUCUGGGAUACUUGACCAUGGAGGAGCGGUCACAAGAGGAAGACGAGAAAAUACAAAUGCAUGCCGACAGACUAUACCAGCGGUUGCGAGCACAAGAGGCAGAGAUUGAGAAGGCAGAAAAGGAAGGGCGCGAAAGACCAAAGUUUGAGAGCCUCAUGGCGGACGCGAAACUUGCCCGAACCAUCGCAUCAAACACCAAAACUACGGCGGAAACUGAGAUCGACCCAUGGGCUAAGGUCAAGCCGGAAAAGAGGAUAGAAUAUGAGAAGAAGCUAGCAGAACUACCGCCAGAACAGCAGGAGAUCGAACGAUUAGCCGCAGCGGGCGAGCUCAAAGCACAAUCUGGCUUAGCGAAGGAAGUCGACCACACUUUUAUUGAAGAGCGAAUAGCUCGCCUGAAGAGGCGAGAGUCGGGGCAAGCAACGUUUGGCGAUCAGAUCAAGUAUUGGUGGGGAUGGGGUUGA